AUGAUGGCAUAUAUGAACCCGGGGCCCCACUACUCCGUCAACGCCUUGGCCCUGAGUGGCCCCAGUGUGGACUUGAUGCACCAGGCUGUGCCCUACCCCAGUGCCCCGAGGAAGCAGCGGCGGGAGCGGACCACCUUCACCCGGAGCCAGCUGGAGGAGCUGGAGGCUCUGUUCGCCAAGACGCAGUACCCGGACGUGUACGCCCGCGAGGAGGUGGCGCUCAAGAUCAACCUGCCCGAGUCCAGGGUCCAGGUCUGGUUCAAGAACCGCAGGGCCAAGUGCAGGCAGCAGCGGCAGCAGCAGAAGCAGCAGCAGCAGCCUCCUGGGGGACAGGCCAAGGCCCGUCCUGCCAAGAGGAAGGCGGGCACCUCCCCGAGGCCCUCCCCGGAUGUGUGUCCCGACCCCUUGGGCGUCUCCGACUCCUACAGCCCCCCUCUGCCUGGCCCCUCUGGCUCCCCGACUGCGGCAGUGGCCACUGUGUCCAUCUGGAGUCCAGCGUCAGAGUCCCCUCUGCCUGAAGCCCAGCGGGCUGGGCUGGUGGCCUCGGGGCCCUCUCUGACCUCAGCCCCCUACGCCAUGACCUACGCCCCGGCCUCGGCCUUCUGCUCCUCGCCGUCGGCCUACGGCUCUCCCAGCUCCUAUUUCAGUGGGCUGGACCCCUACCUGUCCCCCAUGGUGCCCCAGCUGGGAGGCCCAGCGCUCAGCCCCCUCUCGGGCCCUUCCGUGGGGCCCUCCCUGGCCCAGUCCCCCACCUCCCUGUCUGGCCAGAGCUACGGUGCCUACAGCCCCGUGGACAGCUUGGAAUUUAAGGACCCCACCGGCACCUGGAAGUUCACCUACAACCCCAUGGACCCUCUAGACUACAAGGAUCAGAGUGCCUGGAAGUUUCAGAUCUUGUAG